AUGUACACAUCACAAUGGCGGAAAUUACUACUGCUUGUUGGCAUCACUGCCGUUCUACCUCAACGAAUCGUCAGACAAGCUGGCUACAACUACCAGAGACCAAAUGCCACCAGCACCACCGCCACCUACGCGGCUACCACUUCUUCAACAGCCAGUUCAUCAGUUGGAUCAGAAGUGUUCAAAUAUAGUCAACCUGUCACAGGACCUGUAGGUGGAUCAUUUGGACCAUUUCAAACUCAACCCCUUCCCGCAAAUAACUUUGGAUCUUCAUCAUCUGCAUCUGCAAGCUCAUCAGCAUUGAGCUCAGGAGUCAUCAAAUAUAGUCAACCUGUUGCUCUAAGUGACAGCUUCGGUUCCUCCUCUUCUGCUUUAUCUAGUCAGAGUUCUUCCAAUAUAUUAGCUAGUGCGAUACCAACAUCAAUAGUAAUUCCAAACUUGAGCUCUUUUGGAUCGAGUAGUGCUCAGGCAACAGCAUCAAGUUAUAGUUAUCCGACGCCGACUCCAAAUCUGCCAACGCGUACUCCUCCUCCUUCUCCUCCUCCUCUUCCACCACCUUUACCACCUUCUCGAUCAAAGCCCAGUCCAAUGCCAACUUUCAGUUAUAAUUAUCCAAGUCCGACACCUAUUUCGAAUUACAAUUAUUCAGUACAAACACCACCACGUUCUCCUUCGCAACCACCACAAGUAACGGCCAGGCCAAUAGCUCAACCACUACCAACACAAAACAGAAGAUAUUUACCACCACCUAGAGGUAAUCAAAAAUAUUCGCUACCAGAAACUCAAAGUAGGCGAUAUCUUCCACCAACCUUUUAA